GUAACUCAAGACCGCCAUCGUCAAACCACCCUCUCUUCAGUCGUCAAAUCGUUCAUGGUUUCCCUUUGCUUUCUCCGACCUCGGCGGCUCUCGCACGCGCAGUCGGCGACCUCAAGCGCCUGCUCUCUCCGACCACUCUGCCAGUCCUCCGGUAGCGACUACCCUUCACCGCAACCCGAUCCUCCACCGUCCUGUCGGUCUCCAUCCGUCGUGGCAUCGAUCUGUUCGAUGGUGCGCGAUGCUCAUCACAAGCAUGCCCACCUGCGAGCAUCGCCUCCGCGCCUCGGCCUUAACGUGGAUUGCGAUUCUUUGACCCGUGAACAGGCCGUUACCGUCGUUGCCUCACUGGCCAAUGAGGCUGGUUCGAUGGUGGCGUUGGGUUUCUUUAACUGGGCCAUUGGGUCUGAUAAGUUUCGGCACUUCAUGAGGCUUUAUAUAGUUUGCGCCGCGUCGUUGAUCGGUAACGGUAACUCGGAGAGGGCCAAUGAGGUGAUGCAGUGUAUGGUCAAAAGCUUUGCUGAGAUUGGGAGGUUGAAGGAGGCUGUUGAUAUGGUACUUGAAAUGCAGAAUCAGGGUCUGGUGCCCACUACCCGCUUGAUGAAUUUCGUCAUGGAGGUCGCCAUCGAAAGGGGUUUUCUUGACUAUGCACGGAACGUGUUUGAUUAUUUGUCUGAGAGAGGGGUUUGUCCUGAUCCUAACAGUUAUAAGCUGAUGGUCGUUGCUUACUGUCGAAUGGGGAGUAUUCUCGAGGCAGAUGCUUGGUUGAGUAAACUGAUUGAUAGAGAUUUCAUUAUUGAUAAUGCUACUCUUACCUUGAUCACCAACUCGUUUUGUGAGAAGGGGUUUAUGAAUCGAGCUAUUUGGUAUUUCCGGAAGAUGGCUGAUCUGGGUUUGACGCCGAAUGUUUUAAAUUAUACCUCACUGAUCAAUGGGUUAUGCAAGAAAGGCAGCAUUAAGCAAGGAUUUGAGCUCCUGGAGGAAAUGGUUAGAAAAGGUUGGAAGCCAAAUGUGUAUACUCAUACGGCGUUGAUUGAUGGUCUCUGCAAGAAGGGUUGGAGUGAUAAGGCAUUUAGACUCUUCCUUAAGCUAGUCCGGAGUGAAAAUUACAAACCGAACGUGCAUACAUACACUGCCAUGAUCAGUGGCUAUUGCAGAGAAAACAAGAUGAACCGUGCAGAGAUGUUAUUCGGCAGAAUGCAAGAACAGGGACUGAUACCUAACACCAAUACAUACGCGACUCUCAUCUAUGGCCAUUGUAAAGGUGGGAAUUUCGAAAGAGCAUAUGAGUUGAUAGGCAUAAUGACAGAUGCGGGCUUCAGUCCUAACAUCUGUACAUACAAUGCGCUUAUCGAUGGUCUAUAUAAGAGGGGUAGGUUUGGAGAGGCUUGUAAAAUGCUGAAAAAAUGUUUCCGAAGUGGACUGGAAGCUGAUCUGUUCACAUAUAGUAUACUCAUCAACGAGCAGUGCAAGAGGGCGAGCAUUGAGCAAGCCCUAGCGCUUCUGAGCAGGAUGAUUAAACUUGCUGUGCAACCUGAUAUACACAUAUACACCAUAAUGAUUUCUGCCUUAUGUAAGCAAAAGAGAAUGAAAGAAAGCGAAAUGAUUUUCGAAGAAGCAAUCAGGUUCGGCUUAGUCCCUACCAAAGAAACCUACACAUCCAUGAUUGGUGGAUUCUGUAGGGAUGGGAAUGUCAACUUAGCAAUAAAAUUUCUCCACAGGAUGAGUGACCAUGGAUGUGUCCCUGAUAGUAUCACUUAUUGUGCUUUGAUCAGCGGACUUUGCAAAGAGUCCAGGUUGAAGGAGGCUCGUCGACUAUACGACUCGAUGAUAGACAAGGGACUUUCCCCAUGCGAGGUUACUCGACUGACGUUGGCCUAUGAAUACUGCAAAACAGAUGAAUCUGCUAAUGCAUUGCUGAUUUUGGAGAGAUUAGAAAAUAAACUUUGGAUCCGAACUGUGAAUACAUUAGUGAGGAAGCUUUGCAGUGAGAAAAAAGUGGGAAUGGCAGCACUGUUCUUCCAUAAAUUAACCGACAAGGAAAACAGAGUGGAUCGUGUAACAUUAGCUGCAUUUAUGACUGCUUGUUACGAAAGCAACAAAUAUGCUCUUCUUUCAGAUCUGACCAAAAGGAUCCGUGAAGGAAAUGGCUGCCACUCACAGCUUAUUUGAUGGAUCAUCAUAAUUGCUAAAGUUGGAUCAACAGAAAGUGCAGAGAUGGCCUAGUGAGAAUUUUGAGAAUUUGUACUCACAUUGGAUGGGUUCUCCCUGCAACUCCCAAGAACCUGGAGUAGAGCUUGAUUCUAUUAGUGGAGCAAGAAGUGUCAGAGAACUGGAUGAGCUUGCAAGUACAAACUACCGAGGAAAAUAAUCCUGUACGUAUUAUGGUAGGUUUAUUGGGUAAAAAAGCUGAAAUUGUUUGAAAAUGAGAGCUCCGAGAUUUUUGCUCUCUAAGCUCCUUAGUUUGGCCGAAUGGAGACUUUCAUCUUUAUCCUCCUCACUGCAAGCCCAAAGAGAAGGAGCUAACUAAUGGAUGCAUGACAGUUUACACAUUGGUGCGUUCAAGUGCAGGGUUGCGAAGCAGCAGGUGACUUAUGAAGCGGUACUUUCUCUAUCACUGCAAAUUAUCACUCUCUAUAUUUGAAAUAGCAACUUGUAUGCUUUUUAGUUAUUCUGAUCAGUGGUACAGUGUCCACCAUGACUGCCGAGACAUUCAAUCAACUCAUUCCUGUGGGGGAGCAUAUUGAGACACGAUUGAGGGAUUGAUGGUUUAAUGAGCCAAUAUUGAGGAUCAAAUGAAACAGUUUUUUUAUUGCAAUGCAAGAGAUUAAGGUCGAAUUUAAGGCAUCCCGGAAAAGCCCAACACAAGUACCCAUGCAUCCUAAAACCAUGGCAUCGAAACAAAAAGAUGACAAGAACCCCGACGCUAAGUCUGAUGGUGAUAUACCCAUUCUAGAGGAUGGUUCUGUUGUGAUCAUUGAAGGAAAAGCCAAGGCUGUUGACGUUCUUAAAA